GUAUUUCUGAAUUUCUGCAGUACGGAAAUAUUGAAAUGUUCUACAGAAAUAGAGAACGUAUACCAGUCUAUUAAGAGAAACUCCUGACAGUGUCAGACGAUUAAAGCAUAUCUAUCAAACCUGUUUUCAAGAUCAGGUUGCAGGAAUGUCAGACUCAACUGAUAAUUCAACUGGUUGUAAACCACAGCCCAUUAACAACUUCAUCCCCAUCUUCAUGAGUUUCACCUUUUUCUUUGGCUUUGUGCUGAACAGCAUCAGUUUAUGGAUUUUCUGGUUCAAGGUAAAACCAUGGAACUCAAUGGUAAUUCUCCAGUUCAACUUGGCCAUCUCAGAUGUCAUCAUCUCCCCAGCAGCUCCCUUGAUCGUUAUUUACUACCUGAAAAAUGACUGGACCUUUGGAUUGCUGCUCUGCAAGUUCAAGGUCUUCCUGCUCAGCACUAACAUGUAUGGAAGCAUCUACUUCCUCACCCUAAUCAGUAUUCAUCGAUACUUUACCAUUGCCCACAGUAACAAAGGAUCAGCCUUGGCCAGAAAAACAUUCAUUAAAAAACUUUGCUUCUUCGUCUGGGGUUGUCUGUUUUGUCAAGGCAUUCCAUUUGUCUUUGUCCUUAAAACGACUGAAGUCCAAGGAAUUACAAAAUGUCUUAGCUUCCAUAAAAGCGAACAACCCUCUUUUUUUUUUGCCUGGAAUUUAGUCAUUCUAAUUUCUGGCCUUAUUAUUCCUUUCUCUAUAACGCUGGUCUGCUACAGCCUUUUAAUUCGAUACAUGCGAAAAGUCAACCCAAUGAACACCUUUAGCAAAGUCAUGGUGUCCAAGUCAGUGCGGACUAUCUCCAUCUCCCUUAUAAUCUUCAUAAUCUGCUUCUUACCUAUCCACAUCACCAGGACAAUAGGUGUCACCAUCAUGUUGUUUUUCCCAAAUUUGUGUUUUUUGGUGGAAAGCGUUGAGGUUGCUCAUUACUUCACGUGGAUGCUGUCAGGAUUAAAUUAUUGUUUGGAUCCCAUACUGUUCUGUUUUGCUUCCACAAGAUUUAAAUACACAUUCACAAGUUGGUGUACCUUUCUACAGAGACAGCCUCAGAACAACAUUACAGAAGAUUCUCAGGGUAAUCAGCUUGAGACACCUUCAGAUACUCGCUGCUCCGGUCCUUUCCUGCCAACAACAUACCCAGGGUCUGGGUCAGCUGAACGUGGAAAAUGAGUACAGAUUUACAGACUAAAUCCAGUUAAAAGUUAUAAAAUGUGUCAGUUUUGUGGAAUGAAUACGUGAAAAACAUGGAAAAAUACAAAUACGUUGUUAUGCUUGUUCUAUAUCAGUGGUCUCCAAACUGCAGCCCUGGGGCCGGAUGCGGCCUUUUGCUUGGUUUUACCUGGCCCUUGGGUCACCAGUUCAUUCACUGACACAAACAAAGGGGCACAGUUCUUCCCAAUGACAUCAAAAAUGGGGCCCAAUAACACAAAUGAUGGGGGACCAUUCCU